AUGGCUGCUGAGCUGAACCCAAAUGCUCAAGAAUACUACCCAUCAUCUUUUCUUCCCCCAACAACUCAUCAUCUGAUUCAUCUUCCUUGCUAUGAAAUUAGUAGUUAUAGCAACAUCUUGCGUUAUCCUCCUCUCCCUCCUUCAAUCAGUUGCAAUCCUGCUUACUUCUUCACUUCUCCUGAUACCAGUACUCCUGCCUACCCCUAUGAACUUCCUCCUCCCUCAAAUCCAAAUGUUUUUCCAGCUGAUUUUUUGGUUGGAUACUAUACUACCACUCAACAUACCAGUGCGCACCCUUACUGCCCAAAGUACUACCCAAAUGUUAACUUCAGUGAUAUGGGUCUCGAUUAUUAUCAUCACUCGCAGCAAACAAGGAUCCCACCACCAUCACUACCACUAGUAUCGUCAUAUUCAUCAUCACCAGUCAUGAAUCAGAUUAGGGUUUUAGAGGAACUAAACAAUACUGAUGAAACUGAUUAUCAUCAUCAGCAAGCAAUAACAGUUGCAGCAAUAGCUUCUGAUUAUGAUGAUCUGGUGGGAAAUAAGGAGAGCUAUGAGAAAAAACAAUCAUCUCCCAUUUCUUUAUCUCCUCCUUAUGAACAGGGGAGUGGUAGUAGCAGCAGCAGCAGAAAAAUCUGGAAUAAGGGUUUCAACGGUAAGCCGGCGGAAAGUAUUUUUUAUCGGAAAAACAAUAACUCGCUGGGAAGCACUGCUCAUCAACAUCAUUAUCCAGGUAUGAAGAAUUACAAUAGAAAGUCAAAAUCACCUUUUAUGAUGUAUUCCAUGGUCAAGAAUCGCGAAGAUGAUGAAGUUGAACCGGUUCAACAGAACAGCAACAAGACAACCGGUAUCCGAAAGGUUUUGCCUCUUUUAAAUUCUGGGAAAAUGUUGAUUGAAUUCUUGGACAAACAUUGCCAAUCUGAAAACGAAAAGGCUAAGUUGUCAUCAACCGACAAAGAAAGUCUACUAACACUUCUAUCAGCUUAUGAUUUUGUAUAUCUCCCCAUUGAUUUCUGUACUGAUGCGAACAAGGGAUACGCGUUUGUGAACUUCACAAACCCAACUGCAGCAUGGAAAUUGAACUCUUUCUUAAACAAAUAUGAGUGGAAUGUCUUGAACACUAAGAAGAUUGCUCGUGUUACAUACGCGAGACGUCAGGGCAAGGAAGAACUAGUGAAUUACUUCGAGGGCACCGAGUUUUAUUGUGAUUCUGAUGAAUUGCUACCUAUUUGCUUUGUACCGUACCGAGAUGGGUGUGAGAAGGAGAUGGUUAAACAAAGUAUUGUGGGGAAAUGUAUUGGCUAUCGCAAAGAGUGCUAUCACCACUGGUGUCGUUGCCAUUCAGCUCGAAACCAGAAAAAUGUCUAG